AUGGAAGUAAGUACUGCUAAUGUAGUAAUCCAAGUUAUCCUUAUUAUGGUGAAUAAAGUGCUUCUGUACCUUUAUAAUGUGUAACCUAAUGCUUAAAUUAUCAAUUUUUUAAUUUAUGUUUAAAUAAUUGCUCGUAAAUUACAAACUCUUAAAAUCCUGCUAAUUUAAGUAGUGGGAAAUAAUGUAUUUGUUCAUCUACUACCUAAUAUAGAAACCCUAAUAACUACUCCUGUACUUCUAAAUGUCCAUAAUAUAUAUCACUUAAUCCCAAUAGCUAAGAUUGUGUAGAUAAUUGUUCUUAAUUUACGAAUGCUAUUGUUCCUAACAGCACAGGGAAUAGAUGUCUUUGUAGUAACCCACUUUAUCCAUAUAUUAGCAUUGAUGGUUAAAGUUGCAUUUCAUAAUGCAAUGGUUAUUUAAGUUUUAGUUCAAAUAACUGUGUCUCAGACUGCCCCACAAGCUUUUAAGGUUCUAUUAAUCCAAUUUUUCAAGGUUAUUAAUGCUAAUGUGGACCUUCUACGCCAUACUUAAAUCUAAAUAAGUCUCAAUGUAUUGCUGCUUGUAGUAUUAAUCAACAAGUAAAUAAUGGAGUUUGUGUAUGUUCAGGAUCGAAUGUAUAUAAGAGCAUAGAUGGAUAAUCCUGCUUAAGUAACUGUCCUAACUACAUAAAUCCAAACCCAAGCAUAAAAGAAUGUGUUAGUGAUUGCUCAAUUUUUUAAAAUUUUGUAAAUCCAACUUAAACUAAUUCAUAGUGUGUUUGCCCUUCUAAUUAAUAAUAUAUAAAAAGUGAUUUUUCUUAGUGUUAAUCACAAUGUGAUUAGCAAUAGUUUCUACAUAUUAAUACUAAAUAACUUUAUUGUAUAUAAGAUUGUCCAUCGAGUAUUCCUGGAUCAGUCAAUCCAAGUUAGUAUUAUUAAAGAUGCUAAUGCUCUACUUAAACUCCUCUAAUAAGUGCUGAUAUGA